ACGAAAACGAAAACGAAAACGAAAGGGCCUACUAGUUAGCUAGUAUCAAGCAAAAGCCUUUGAGCCCGGAAAAGAAGAAGAAGAGGACAAGUACAAGAGCAAGAGCAGGACAAGACAAGACAGGGAGAAAGAUGACCACACCACGCUGUUUCAUCGUCCGACACGGCGAGACCGAAUGGUCGCUCUCCGGCAAACAUACAGGCACGUCGGACAUCCCACUGACCAAGAACGGCGAGAAACGAGUGCGCGCCACGGGUAAAGCGCUCGUCGGCGACGACAGGUUGAUCGUGCCGAGACAAUUGGUCCAUAUAUACGUCUCGCCACGCCACCGCGCCCAACGAACCCUCGAACUCCUCGAUCUCGGCUGCCACGACCCGUACCCCUGGCAAAAAGCGCAUUCCUCCACCGCCGGAUCCUCCGCUUCUGCUGCUCCCUCGCAAAGCGCGAGCAAAAACAAAACCGACGCCCGUGUCACGAUCGAACCGCGCAUCGCGGAGUGGGACUACGGCGAGUACGAAGGCAUCACGUCUGCCGAGAUCCGGAAGAUGCGCAAGGAGAAAGGGUUGGGGUCUUGGGACAUCUGGCGCGACGGCUGUCCCGGCGGCGAGAGUCCCGAGGACAUCAUCCGCCGCGUGGACAGUCUGAUCGCCGAGAUCCGCGAAAAGUACCACGGCCCUGUCAUAGGGAAGCCCAAGGACGAGAAUGUCACGGGCGACGUUAUGGUCAUCGGCCACGGGCACAUUUUGAGGGCGUUUGCAAUCCGAUGGAUCGGCAGGGCGCUCACCGAGACCAGUUUGAUCAUGGAGGCUGGAGGAGUGGGCACAUUGAGCUACGAGCAUCACAACAUCAACGAGCCCGCGAUACUCUUAGGUGGCGGCUUCGUGGUCGGCGAGGACAAGGUCGAGAUUGAGAGGGCGGAGAAGGAAGAGAAAGAACAGGAGAAGAGCAGUUGAAAUUCAUUUUCAUGUCCUUUUUUUCUAUUUUCAAUUCUGAUAGAGUUGCGAUUAUUGUCAAUAUCGAUCCAAUGCUGUUGUUCGAGCUAAGCUCAUGAUACUAGAAAACUGGGGGAAUGGUGCUGCUGUAGGCCCUGACUGACCAAGCAAGCAAGCAUGGGUAGACUGUGUACACUGACAUGGAUGCGGUUCUGAUACACAAACAAGAACGGUUUGGGACUUAGGACUGUUCGACUUAGGGGCUCUUUCCAUGGCUUGAUCCGAAAUGCUUGUCGAUACUGUCCAUGCUCACACUGAUAUCUUCUUC